GUCAGUAUCUGAGUGUUCUAUUAGUGCUAUAAAUGUCUGAGGGGCAGAAAACAUCAGACUUGCAGAAUAGAGAGUAACUGCUCUGAAGAAGCAAGAGAAAUCCGAACUAAAGAGUUUAAUUGCAAAUUAAUACCACCAAGUUGUUGGACUGUGAUCUAGCUAGACUUGUGCAGGUAUGGUCAGAGGAAGGAAAGGUGGAGGUUACCGUGUGGAGAGGGAGAUCCUGGAUGAAGAGAGACUGGAGGAACUGUCUCAGAGGCUGGACAUCUCACAGACCCGUGCUCCAUUGGCCUAUCGCUUGAAAAACUCACUCAGGUGUUCUGUUUCCUCACUGAAGCGUAGGGUGGUCGGUUGUUUGCCUGUGCUGUACUGGUUGCCUCGUUAUUCUAUAUGGGACUAUGGCAUGCCUGACCUCGUCUCUGGGAUCAGUGUGGGCAUCAUGCAUUUACCACAAGGAAUGGCCUAUUCUUUGCUGGCUUCUCUGCCUCCUGUUUUUGGACUCUACACCUCAUUUUAUCCUGCACUGGUUUAUUUCUUCUUUGGAUCCUCCAGACACAUUUCUAUAGGCACAUUUACAGUUCUGAGUAUUAUGGUGGGGAGUGUUGUAGAGAGACUGGCUCCGGAUGCAAACUUUCUGAUAGUUAAUGGAACCAAUGCAACAGUGGAAGUGAACGUCACUGAAAGAGAUCUGUACAGAGUACAGGUCGCCGCUGCAACUACUGUACUGGCAGGAUUAAUACAGGUGAUUCUGGGUUUGGUACAGUUUGGCUUUGUGGGUACAUAUCUCUCAGAGCCACUUGUGAGAGGGUACACUUCAUCAGCUGCUGCGCAUGCUGUAGUUGCACAGUUAAAGUAUAUUUUUGGGGUGUCUCCCACCCGCUUCAGCGGACCGCUCUCACUCGUGUAUACACUGGUGGAUGUGUGUAUGCUACUGCCCAGUACUCAUCUGCCCACUCUGCUAAUCAGUUCAGUGUCCAUCACAGUCCUUAUCGUUGCCAAAGAACUGAACAACAGAUUCAGGAAAAAACUGCCAGUGCCCAUACCUGUGGAGCUUAUUGUGAUUGUGGUUGGAACAUUGAUAUCAUACUACACUCAUCUCAACAAAAACUAUGAGAUUUCAGUUGUGGGAGAGAUCCCCAGUGGGCUUCAGCCCCCCACUGUGCCACAAACCAGUGUCUUCUCUGAAGUGGUGGUUGACGCCUUCGCCUUAGCUAUUGUAGGCUAUGCCAUCUCUAUUUCUCUGGGCAAAACAUUUGCUCUUAAACAUGGCUACAAAGUGGACAGUAAUCAGGAGCUGGUGGCUCUGGGGCUCAGCAAUGCAGUUGGAGGAUUUUUCCAAUGUUACUCUGUCUGUGCCUCAAUGUCUCGCAGUCUGGUACAGGAGACCACUGGAGGUAAAACACAGAUGGCAGGUGUGGCCUCAGCUGUAAUAGUUCUGGUGACUGUGUUAAAGUUGGGCCCACUGUUUCAGGACCUGCCCAAGGCAGUGCUUGCUGCUGUAGUUUUUGUGAAUCUGAAGGGAAUGUUUAAGCAGUACAGUGACAUUUUAACACUGUGGAGAACCAGCAAAAUUGAUCUGUUGGUAUGGUUGGUGACCUGGGUGUCCACAGUGCUCUUUAAUUUGGACAUGGGUCUGGGAGCCUCUAUUGGCUUUGCACUGCUUACCGUCAUCUUCAGAACACAGAGACCCAGAUACUCUGUUUUGGGACAUCUACCUGGUACUGAGCUUUAUUUGGACAUGGAGACACACACACAGGUCAGGGAGGUACCAGGUAUCACUAUAUUCCGAUCUUCAGCCACGAUAUACUUUGCUAAUGCUGAACUCUACCUGGAAGCUCUUAAACAAAAGAGCGGCUUGGACAUCACAAAGAUGAUCACUUAUAAACGCAGGCAGGAGGCCAAGCAGAGAAAAAGAGAGAGGAGAGCAGCAAGAAGAGCAAGGAGAGAAGCUAAAAGACAGAAACAAGCUCUCAGAAUGGCCUCUCAGCGAUCCAGAAGGACUGUGUUCUCAGUUGAAGAAGGGGCGGGGCAAAUGAGAGAAAGUGGUGCAGAUAGUUUACAUGAGGAGGAGCUAAGUUGGAAGGAGCGUGAAAACAGCACAGUGUUUGUUAUGCCUGAGACACCACACAACAGCUGGGUGUACCUAAAGGGCAUAGACCCAGAGACCUCUACAUUAGGGUCAAUGUCAGAUUUACAGGACGGGGACAUCACUACGCUGGGUUCCAGCAGUGAGGACACCCUCAGCCGGGAUCUGGAGAGGGUUUCCCUGGGGUCACUGGGUAAAUGGACCUGGGACAUCCAUUCUAUUAUCCUGGACAUUUCUCCAGCCAACUUCAUUGAUACAGUGGCCAUAAAGACCCUGAGAAAUAUCUUCCAUGAUUUUGGAGAAAUUGACGUGGAUAUCUACAUAGCUGGUUGUCAAACCCCAGUGGUGGAACAGCUGGAGCAAGGCGGGUUCUUUACUGACAUUUCCAAAGAACGUCUUUUCACUACAGUUCACGAUGCAGUACUUUAUUGCCUUAACCACCGCGGAGCUGGAACUUCGUCAUGCUAUGAAACAACAGUGGAUGCGAUCCAUCAACCUAUGGACCAUAGCACCAAACUGUAAAGAACCACAUCCCAGUUAAGACACCAGGAUUUUGUUCCAGUCCCACAUACCUGUCCAUAACCACCUAUAACAUUUCAGCUGUAUAUUAUCUGCAUGAGUACCAUAUACAUGUGAGUUUACAGCUCGCGUGUUUGUAAUUAUUUAAAUAGUGAUGCAAGCAAGGUCCCUGAUAUUUGUGAAUUACAUUUAUGACAAUAU